AAGAUCAAUCUAAUUCGAAGCCAUUACCACUGACACUAUGGUUAACAAUAAGUUUUACGAUCCAACUACUGCUCCUUACUUGGAUCCCAAGGAAGACAGACAAGUAGUCUUUAUUACAGGUGGGAACUCAGGAAUUGGGUGGUAUACUUGCUUACAUUUGUACUUACAUGGAUAUAUUGUUUAUGUUGGAGGUAGAACUGAAAGCAAAGUGGUGAAGGCAAUUGAAGAUAUCAAAACCGAGGCCAAGGCUAGAGGAGAAAAGUAUACCCCUGAGGAAAGACAAAACAGACAUUUUGGAGAAUUGAACUAUGUAUACAUUGACUUAACUGAUUUAUCAACCGUGCCCAAGGCUGUGGAAACUUUUGGAUCCAAGGAAAACAAAUUAGAUGUGUUAAUUAAUAAUGCUGGGAUUAUGGGUGUUCCUUAUGAAGAAACUAAAGAUGGCUAUGAAAUUCAAUAUCAAGUUAAUUUCGUCGCUCCCUUAUUAUUAACUUUGAAGAUGGUGCCUUAUUUGUUAGCUACCGAUAAACCAAGAGUAGUAAAUGUCUCUUCAAUUGGCCAUAAUGCCGAGUUUAAGUAUUUUGCCCCACAAAAUCACCAUUUUAACAACUUCCCCAAUUCAGUCUACACCUGGUUAAGAUAUGCUAAAUCAAAAGGCUCUCAAAUUCAAGGUGCAAAGGCAUUAGCUAAACAGUACCCUGAAAUUCUUUCACUUUCAGUUCACCCAGGAGUUAUAAUAGGUACAGAAUUGUAUUAUCAUUGGAGAAAUAUCCCAGGGUUGAAGUAUGUUACUAAUGCCGCCUUUGCAGUUUUAGAUAAAACGAUAGGAGUUAGCAAUGAAGAAGGUUCAUUAGCCUCGUUGAGAGCAGCAAUGGACCCAGAAUUAACACUCAAGGACAAUGGAAAUUACUUUACUACUGGAGGAAUUGCAGAUACCCCAAGUUCUGUUGCUUCUAAGCAAAGUAACAUUGAAGAGACUUGGAAGUGGAACAUUGAACAAUUAGAAGAGCGUGGUUACCAUUUUGACUUUCAAUAAGUGUUUGCUUAUUUUUCUCUUACAAACUAUUAUAAAACUCAUAUGAACAAUUGUUAUUUUUUUUUGUGUGUAAUGGAUAUUGACUAUACCCUUCGGUUAAAUAGUCACACCCACAUGCAGUUUUUUUUUUCUGUGUCUUUAUCUUAUCACUUAAAUACACGUACUAAAUUUGUUUUAGGUUCUAUCUGGGGGAGGGGGCAAUUUAUUUUUCUAGUAACGAUAAUUUGUGAUGAUACUAAAUUCUUAUUUGUAAACUUCUCGUAGUAACUCCGAAUACCUUUUUCUUUUUGUUAUUAUCGCUCCUCAACUAAUCCUUUAGAAUUACCAAUAGCUUAUACCAACACACCUACGUCAAAACAUAUACUCAAUCUAAGGGUCCAGACCAGGAGAAAAUACUAAGCACUAUUCGCACCAUUCCUUUAUUAUUACAUUAAACUCGAUAUCGUACUUUUAUCUUACCAAGGUUGAAUGAUGGGCUUCUUCACAUUGUUAAGUCUCUUGAUUAACACGGUAUAUCCAGUUGUCGCGUCAUGCAGAGCAUAUGACAAUUAUACUAGGGUUGCCAGUACAAUUGCUUCUCAAAAUUUGAAAAUUGCAGGAGUGACCGUCCCACUCGGAUUACUCUUUGACACGUUAAAAGCAACUACUGGUAGUAACGAAGACAACAAGACUUCAGGCGAUACCGAGCUGAAAGUCACACCUGAAUUGGAGUUACAAAGGCAUUUGAUUUCCAUUCAGAAAUGGUUCAUUUAUUGGAUUGUGAUUUCAGUCGCAACCUUGUUUGAAAACUUGUUAUUUUUAAAUACUAUUUUGCCAGGAUAUUCAAUAUUAAAGUUGGGAUUUAGUCUUUGGUUAAUCUUCCCUAUGAUAUCCCUUUCACUGGGCCAAAUGGAGAUUGAUUCAAGGUUUGAUAAUACUGACGAAUGGAAAAAGUUUACUGAAUCAGGAGCCGGAUUCUUGUUUUUCAGGUAUAUUAAACCCUGGAUAGAACACAAUAGGGAUAAGAUCAAUGAAGUUAUAAAUGAUCCAAUACAAUCGUUACAUUUGAAGGAGACUACCAAGUAUUUACCAAUUGUAUCAAGAUAUAUUAACCCCGAAGUUAGCAAGGCUAGCAAUUAUUCGGAACCGGGAUUUUUAGAUAGCUCGUUUGUGAUGGUAAUGAAUAUGAAGAACAAAUGGACUGGUGGGGGAACAGGGACUGCUACACCUACUGAAGGCGUGGAAGAGAAAGUGGCUGAUGAAUUUGAUAUCAUUGAAACUUCAUCUGCUGGGGAGGAAGCCACAACUAAAGAAGGCACCACGGUUACUAAACGAAAAGGGUUCCUUUGGUAGAGGAUACGCUUCACUAUUUACCAUUGUCAUAUGACUAGAGUAAUUGAAGUUCAAUUUGUAUAUUUCUUAUAAGAAUUGUUUAAUUAUGGUAUUUUUUUUGUUGAAAAGUAAUUGUUAAAAUUUUGUGUUAAUAUAACUCUAUAUACAAAAAGAGUGGUGGUGGUGGUGGUGGGGGGUAGACGUUGACGUCUAUACUAUUUACAAACCCAAGUAUUUAGAAACCAAAUCUCUGUCUGGCUUGCCUGCAACUUGUUUCUUAUAUUGACCAAGUUCUCCAGCACCAGUUCGUCUAAAGUUAGCAGGAACAAAAGCAUUUGGUAAUGGAUUACCUUUGUAUAAGCCAUCAUACAAGUCAGAAACUUUCUUUUCGUCAGAUCCAGUCUUUGGUUGUGCAAGGGCGAAUUGAACCUCUCUUUGUUCUUGUUGUUGUUCGACAAUCUUCUUAGGAACUUCGGGCCAGACAAAUGGUUCAGCCAUAUCAAUAGUCAUCUUCUUCAAUUGGGGACCUCUGUAACGGCCGAGAUCAUGUUGACCUCUUUGCCAUCUUGAAUGUAAUAACUGUACGGUAACAUUCAAUGCUCUUAAUCCAUAUACAUGCCACAAAUAAUCUCUUAAAUCCAAUCUGUUCAUAUUCUUUGGGACUAAAAACUUGGCUUGGUACGGUGUUUGUUUAGCGUUUGGUCUUAAAAGACAGAUUCUUUGCUUGGGGAAGUAGACCUUCUUACCACCAACCUUGAAAUGAGGUAAGCCCAAUUCAAUUCGUUCAUGUAACUGAAUCAAGUUUUUUCUAGCAAUAAUGUCACUUUUAGGCAAGAAUUUGAUAGGUGCAGGUUUUCCUGCUUCAAUAUAUUUCUGACGGAUAACUUCCGAUGGCAAUAAGGUAUCAGUAACUGAUUGAGAAAGUAAUGGCUCUCUUUGUUUUCUGUAACCAUAUCUUGGUGGGUUUAAUACCACAUCUUCUGAGUUGACCUUGGGAUAGUUCUUUGGUUUCAUAUUAUGAUGUAAGUUUCUGACAGAAACCUUCCAAAGAGAAGAAAACAUCUUGUUACACGCUUCCAUUGUGAGUUCUUCCUUGACUUAUCACUA